AGUCGGUGGCGAUGCAGAGCGCGUUGUUCUUGGCGCUGCAGCGCGGUAGAAUGGAACCGGCGGAGAAGGGCGGGAUGAAGAGGACGAUCGUUAAGGAUUGGAAAACGAGGCUGAGCUACUUCCUGCAGAACUCUUCCAAUGCUCCUAAAAUGAAACCCAAGAAAGCAGGGAAACAACGAACUUACUUCAGACCUUCCCCCGAAGAAGCCCAGCUGUGGUCAGAAGCCUUUGAUGAACUUCUUGCUAAUAAAUAUGGCCUCGCUGCUUUCCGAGCUUUUCUGAAGUCUGAGUUCUGUGAAGAGAACAUUGAGUUCUGGUUGGCCUGUGAGGACUUCAAGAAAACCAAAUCACCCCAAAAGCUGACAUCGAAAGCGAAAAAAAUCUACAAUGACUUCAUUGAAAAGGAAGCUCCCAAAGAGAUAAACAUUGACUUCCAAACCAAGAACAUGAUUGCUCAGAAUAUUCAAGAAGCCACACAUACCUGCUUCAGUGUAGCACAGAAGAGAGUUUACAGCUUAAUGGAAAAUAACUCAUACCCACGAUUUUUGGAGUCUGAAUUCUACCAGGAGCUGUGCAAGAAGACUCCCAUCACCAGGAUGGCCCAGGGGACAUGACUGAUGGAGGAAGAUGGAGAAGCUACUGCUGGGCUAGCGAGGAAGCAAGCUGCAGCUGAUGGCAGCAUCCUUACUGGAAAGACUGGGAUGCUGAGUGCUCAGUCUGUUUGCCCUGGUGCAAGGACAAAUACUGACUUUGGUGCAGAGCUGCUGACAAAGCUUGAUGCUGCUGGAGGGCAGUCAGAGGGGGUGGCAGAGGUUUGCCUGCCAGCUGCCGGCCACAUGUGGUGACAAAGGGGACUCCGUGCAACAGACCAAACCCCGUGGUGUGAGAGCUCACUCAUGGCUGGGGUAGUGAUGGAGCAGGGCAGAACAGAGCUUCCUUCUUCUAAACAGGAGCUGCUCUGUGCAGUUGCACCAUGCUGGCAGCUGAAGCCGUUGGUUGAGUGUUGGUUUUUCCUAAACACCAAGGCGUGUUGCCAUCCUCAGUCACUCACUGUUCCUUGGUGCUGGUUCUGUGAGCUGCCUCCAGCUGCAAAGAUGUUGGGUUUCUCUGCAGCAGCUCCCAGGCAGUACCAGCACUCUGCAGUGAGGAAGGGACAGAACUGGGUUGCCAGAGGAAGAGGUUCUGCAGCUGAUGCUGGGUUGGGUUGUGUCAGCAGGGCUGCACAAGGCCGGUCUGAGGCAAAACUUGGCCAAGGUGAACAGGAGCUGUACAGUAUUAUAUUUAUAUCUGGACUGUGAUUGCAUUGAAUGCUGCAAUAACCUCAUAAUUCUGUCUUGAGGACAGCAAGCUUCAGUGAAGUAUCUUACUUUUUUAAUAAACUAUUUUGAUACAAAGCUU